AUGUCGCAGCAACAGUCUUCGAGCUCGAGCACCAUUAUCUUUAUCCCCCAAACAGCCGCCGCAGGCGUGCUUUCCAUCACCCAACCCCCGCAAACCGCCACCUCUUUUUACAAAAUCGCCCCGAGCCAGCCUAUCACCUUUGGAUGGAACUUUACAGCGGUGCUCGUCACACCGACACACCUCACCGUCUCUGCCGUGUGCGACAACGGCAAUACGUACCCUGUCGGACCCUCAGAUGGGGUCAUAGAUGGCACGGCAACCCAGGUCGUGUGGGAUUUGUAUUCGUACCAGACGAACAACCCGAACAAACCUCUGGCACAGGCGACGUACACGCUGAAUAUUUGGGACGACAGAGGGCCGGGACAGCCUAGGAAGGGAGGGUUUUUGCAGCAGAAUAGCGCCCUGCAGUUCGCUUUGUAUACGCCGCAGCCGUAUACUGCUCUUUCAGAUGGAUGGACAUGUGGAGCGUGUAAUAGUGCGAUGGGUAUUGCGUCCCACCCAGCUUUCAUCAGUCUCUUCAUCACCUUCUUCGUCAUGUUCUUCUCCGGUUUCCACCUCCUUCGGCACUCGAGGCAGGCUUAA